UUUGCCUGGAACGGAACAUUUAUCAAUUAGAUUUGAAUAAUUUAGGAUUCCUUAAACCAGGUCAUAUUUGAAUAAUCAAUGAUUGAAUUUAGGAUUGAUUCCACUAAAUAAACAUUUUCAUUUCAGAUGGGAAGUAAGAUUUAAUGCAGAAUAAUUCGAGAAGUUCGUGCUGAGAUUAUUGUACAAUUGUUCUAUAUCAUUAUUUUGCAGAUUGAAACGAUGACAAAAUGAGUGAAUGCUCGGGACUUGUGCUACCCAUUUUCAACGAAUCAACAUGGCACGUUGGAUUAAGAGCCACGUUAUAUCUCAUUGCAAUGAUUUGGUGUUUUCUAGGAAUAGCUAUUGUAGCAGACACUUUCAUGUGCGCUAUAGAGAAAAUUACGAGCAAAACAAAAAUUGUAAAAAUUGCUGAUUCUGAUGUGAAAGAAGGCAUUAGGGAUGUCGAAGUGAAGGUUUGGAAUGACACUGUAGCUAAUCUUAGUUUACUUGCUUUUGGAACAAGUGCACCAGAAAUAUUACUGAAUGUGAUAGAAAUAUGUGGAAAUAAAUUUAAGCCUGGCAAACUAGGACCUGGAACGAUUGUUGGAUCAGCUGCGUUUAAUUUAUUAGUUAUUACUGCAAUUUGUAUUAUUAGUAUACCAAAAGACGAAAUUCGUAGAAUCAAUGUAAUACCAGUUUAUGUAGUUACGUCUGUUUUUAAUCUCUUCGCAUACGUAUGGUUAGCGCUAGUGCUCAUGGUAAUAACACCUAACGUUGUAGACCUGUGGGAAUCCAUUGUAACGUUCUUGCUUUUUCCCGCGUUAAUAAUAGUGUCGUAUGCUGUCGAUAAAGGAUGCUGUUGCGUGAAGAACAACAAGACAUCGUCUGAAGUCGAAAUAGGAAUUGGACCAAAGGCGGUAGAAGAUAUUGACCGCUGUCCUGAUGAAAAUGCAGAAGAAGAGAGAGCAGAAAUUAUUCACUUGGCAAAGGAAUUAGGUAGAAAUAGAGAAAUAUCAGAGGAAAAAGCAGCAAAGUUGGCCGCUGCUAAAAUUGCUCAAGGAGAACACCAUAGUUCAAUGUGGUAUAAAGUAAAUGCCAGGCGAGGCUUUUCGGGUGGACAUAAACUUAUACCUAAGAUCAAUUCUACACUUAAAGAGCUUUAUGAAAAUGUAAAAAUGAGGCAGUCUCAAAUGUUGUCCGACAUAGCGUCUACUGCAAGUAUCAAUUUCAUUGACCUUAGUGAUGGAGGAACAACUGCUGUAGUCGAGUUUACUGCAUCAUCAUGUGCUGUACUUGAAAAUGAAGGCAAAGUUAGAAUAGGGCUUAGGCGGAUUGGGAGAAUGGAUAUACCAGUUACAGUAUUAGUGGAAACUAUUGAUGGAACAGCUGACGCCGGUAGUGAUUAUAAACCAUUGAAGGAAUAUGUAGAAUUUGCACCCAACGAAUCGUUACGUGAGGUUUAUGUUGAAAUUGUGGAUGAUGAUAUAUGGGAACCAGACGAAUUUUUCUUCAUUAAAUUAUAUCUUCCAGAGGAAAAAAAGCAAAGCGAUGUCGUCAUUGGGAAGGUCUCCAUAAAUCAAAUUACUAUUAUUAACGAUGACGAACCUGGGAAAUUCGAAUUUUCAAAGCCAAGUUAUAUCGUUCGUGAAAGCAAUUCAACUGCUCAAGUAAUCAUAAAAAGAAUAAAUGGAGCUGAUGGGUCAGUAUCAAUCAACUGGAAGACUACUGACAUGUCAGCGAAACAUAACGUUGAUUUCAUCGGGGGACAGGGAGAUCUUACUUUUAACCAUGGAGAAACCAGUAAAACAUUGUCUUUUGCCAUUAUGGAUUCUAUGCUACCAGAAAGAGAUCACAGUUUUCAGGUAGAGAUAUUUGGUCCUGAUGGAGGUGCACAAGUUGGAAAAAUAGGGAAGACAAUUGUGACGUUAGUAACAGAUGCAGAAUUUGACGGCCUUGUGUCAAGGAUUGCAAAUCAAACUAAACAAAAUCUUGAUGGUAUUCGACUAGAUACAUCGUCAUGGAAGCAACAGUUUCAUGAAGCCAUGAAUGUCAAUGGUGGAGACAUAGAUGAGGCAUCUGCAUUUGAUUAUAUCAUGCAUUUUCUCUCAUUUUUCUGGAAGGCAUUUUUUGCAUGCAUACCACCUACAUCUAUCGGAGGAGGAUGGGUAACAUUUGUUGUUUCAUUGCUAGUAAUUGGCCUUCUUACCGCCGUUGUUAAUGAUCUUGCUACAAUAUUUGGGUGUUUAAUUGGACUCAAAGACACUGUUACAGCAAUCACAUUUGUGGCAUUGGGCACAAGUAUGCCGGACACAUUUGCUAGUAAGCUUGCAGCAAUCAAUGAAAAAUACGCAGACUGCUCAAUUGGAAAUGUCAACGGAAGUAACGCAGUAAAUGUCUUUCUGGGACUAGGCCUUCCUUGGCUAUUAGCAGCAUGUUAUUGGGAAGCUAAGGAUAUGCAGUUUGAUUACCCGGCUGGUUCACUUGGCUUUAGUGUUGUUAUCUAUCUUUCUUGUGCUUGCGUCGCAAUUUUCGUAUUAUUAGUGAGAAGGAAAAUGUCCGCUUUCGGUAACGCUGAACUUGGUGGUCCUAUAAAAACAAAAUGGGCAACCGGCUUUAUUGUUUUUAUACUGUGGUUACUUUAUGUAAUCAUUUCAUCACUAGAAGCAUAUGAUAAGAUUGAAGGUUUCUAAAUGAACAUUAUAUACACAUUCUUCAAACUUAAUUGAGUUCCCACGUGAAACUAACGCAAAAAUAAGUGUGUAAUAUUUGAAUCUCACAUUUUAUUGCUUGAAAAUCGAACAUCAUGUUACAAUUUUAAUAAAAAAAAAAGUAGAAACCAAAAGCAAAAAUCAAAACUUAAAUAAAUUUAACCUCGAAUAAAUAAUAAAUUUCAGCAUUUUCGCCUCCAUGAAGGGAAAAAAAUAUUUCAAUCUAUACCAAUUUCAAAAUGAUGCACUGUACAUUUAAUGCGAAACUAUAUUUGAGUACGAUCUUUCUUUGAAAGUUGGUACGGUCACUUCUCUUAAAUCUCCACGUAAGAUAUAAAUGGACAGAUUCAAUAUAAAAUAUUAAAGUAUGCAAAAAUGUCUUGGCUCAUUUUUUAUUUUUUAUAACUAAUAUAUGAACAUUGUUCUCACUGUUUUACUGUGUUAUCUGUAACAAUCCUGAUUUAUAUGCAGAAAAAUUAUAAAAGUUUUCAAUUUCCCAAAAGUUACCCAAUUUUGAUAAAAUGAAGUAUUUCAGACAGCACAAUUUUUGUAGCUUUUUAAUUUCGACAUUAUAUCUACCUAAGUCGAUAAAGGAAGAAGUAAAUACGUAAUAUAUUUAUUCAAUGUAUAUGAUAAUAAUAGAUUUUGAUACCGGGUACUCUAUGAGUGUCCAUCUUGUGUAUUGAUGUAUUUUUAUCUUUUAUAAAAUAAGUGCUAUAUGUGUAUUAACGAUAUUCAGUUAAAAGUAUAACAAUGUUGUUGUUCUUCUCCUAACAUCAAUAAUAAGCACAAUCCUGAUUGCGGUAAGGUAGACGCAAGGUUCAUGAUCAUUGUGAAAUUUCUUUUAUAAAUGGAACAAACAAUUGUUGUAUUUUUCAACAAGGGCUAUCAUCAGUAAAUAAGUCAAUUGUAAUGCAAAAUAUUUUGAUUAGGUUUUUUUUUACUUACACGUGUAUUUAUAUAUUUAUGUAUCUUUUUUUUACUACUCCAAAUGUUCAUAAUGUUAUGCGAAUGAUAUAUUCAUGCUGAUUUAAUUUCUAUUUCCUUAGAUAACAAGCGCGUCUUUAAAUCUUUAAUAUAAGUGUUAAGAUUUACUUCUGUUAACUAAACAGUGUGUUUGGAUUACAGAAUUUGAUCAUGAGGUUUAAUGUUAAAAUCUGUAGCUUACAUGAAGUGAAGCAGUAAUGAGAAAAAUUACUUUGACUUAAUCCACUUUUGUAGCAUAUCGCUGCAAUAUUAUCUGUGAUAGAAUCUUCGUCUUUAUAUUUAUAACGAAUGUUAAUUUGUCUUCAUUUUAUUAAUAAAAAAAGUAAGUCUUUCA